AUGUAUCUUUUGUAAAGGUGUUUGACAGUUCGCUGGAUGCUGUCAUGCAUUCACGCUGUGCCGCAUUUGGAGCCGAUGCACCCCGUCAGACGGCGCCGAUUUAACUUGCAUCACAGCGUUAAUUGUCGAGCGGCACUUCGGCUUUCGAGUCGUCCGUCGCUUAUGCGCGUUGUUAUCGUGUGCAGUUAGUUUAGGGUUUGUGAGUCGGGAUGUAGGUGACGUCACCUCUUAGCCCUUCUCCGCCUGUGAAUGCAAGAGAUCCAGUUAUCCGUCUUAUGGGAGCCGGCUGCACGUUAAACGCGCUGCUAAACGAGAGCGAGCCUUUGAGAUGUCAUCGGCGGUCAUCGGCGAUCGCGUUGCCGGUCUCCGUUUAUUUCGAUUUCAAAGGGAUGCGGUCUUGAUCAGAAACCCGUUCAGAUGAUGCUGUAGCUGUCGGUGGAAGGCCACAGGGAGUUUCUGACAAGACCCGUGCUAUCUCUCCAAGCCAUCAAUAAACUCCCUUUUUAGUGACAGACUUCUGUAACAAGCCUCCAAGUCUGAAUUUCGUUCCGCUUUCUGCUGAGAUUUUGUCUUCAAUACAGAGGCACUGACGGCUUCAUCACUGCUGUACCCAAUCUAUUUCUGAUUUGUACUUCAUUUGCAACGCUCCAGUCUCACAUAAGUGGACUUGUAGCAAGCCUAGCACUCGCCUAUUGACGUGGCACAGGCCUGGUACAAUUAGCACUCGACAGACUUGAUAAAUCCAUCUCCAACAAGGCCAUCACGAUCUACAACUCGCUGCACAAUCCCACUAGAAGCUAACCUCGGGCCUGUUACUAUUCAAAUUAUGCUUCUGCUCCUUGGACCAACUCUGUUUCUACCAGCCCCUCUCUGAAUCUCCAGAAGCGGCACAGUUAAACAAUGCACUACUGAAAGCUCUUCUGCUGUUUCAAUCCAAAUCCACGCUUGUAGGACCGGGAGCAAGUGCUUCUGAAAGCAUUAAAAGUGCUCUUCAACCAUGUGUGUCCAGUGGGCAGUGUUUACAGUUGGCCUAGUCCACGGGAUGGGUGGACAGUAGGGGACAACGAGACAGAGGACUCAUGUCAUGGAAGGGGUUGUUGCAGUCGCAUUACAUACUGAGGGCUUGAAUGGUUUUCCACAAGAAUGUAAACAGACAGAGGAUCUUACCAAUGGCCACUCCAAAUGCACAACUAUCCUAAAUGGACUGACUCCAGGUAACGGCAUCAAAGACAAUGGCAACUUGAAUGGCAACCCUUAUCUCAAAGCUGUCCCAAUCUCAGCGCUGAAACAGAAUGGGCUGUUACAGUCACUGGCAGCAGGAGGCAAUCAGACUAAAACAGAAGAGGUGAGCUUGGAGGUGGAGCGAGCACAAGAGGAGUGGGAUGCCCUGGAGAACAUCCAACCAGUUCUUGCUGAGGAUCUCACUCCAUCACCACUGAUUUCCUUCAAUGAGGCUCUGCAGCAUUUUCAGACCACUGAUCUUGGAGACCUGCUUAAGAACAUUCAGCCCACCAUUCGCAGAACUGGAUUGGCUGCCAUCACUCAUUUCCUGUUUGGUCCUCCUCGGCUACAUAAAGACCUUGUAGAGGAGAGAGACUUGGUGUUUGCCAUCGCACAGUGUUCUCUGGAUAAUGGCCAGCCAGUUCACAUGCGUGUGCUCCAGACUAUCUACAGGAAAUUGACCUGUACCCGAGCUGACUGCCCUCGCUAUGGACCACACUGGGAGAACGUGGGCUUUCAAGGUUCAGACCCUGCUACAGAUCUAAGGGGAACUGGUUUUCUGGGCCUCAUGCACACUCUCUACUUCGUCAUGGACCCAGAGAUACUUCCACUUGCUAGAGAAAUCUACAAACUCUCUCAGCACCCAGUCCAGAAUUUUCCGUUUUGUGUGAUGUCGAUCAACAUGACUCGUAUCGCCCUGCACGCUCUCAGGGAGGAAGUGCUGUCCAAGGAGUGUAACCGAAGGCAACAGGUUGUGGCAGUGCUGAAUGAUUUUUAUGUUGCAACGUUUCUGCACCUCUACCAGCUGUGGAAGAGCCAGCAGAAAACCAUCUCUGACUCUGGCCAUGUACUCAAAGAAGUGGAGCUCUUCGCUAAGAAGAACCCCAAGCAGAUUCUCAAACGUCUCGAGGGCUACCUGAAGGAGAGACGUGCUGGGACAGGACACCGAACAUCACCCGACACACUUAGCAACCCUUCACCUGGUGACACUGGGUCUCGAGCGGGGAGUCAGGGCGGCAAGGAGGGGAAAGAGAUGAACUUCACUGGAGUGUGUGAGCUGCCACCUGAGAUGGAGGGCGAGGCGAGACUCAUUUGAGAGACAGAGAGGCAUUGGAUUUGUACAGUCUCGACCUAUCUCUUGUGCGCUAACUUUGUCGUUCCCUCUGUUUUCUCGUUUCCUUUCUGUCCUUUCAUGCUUAAGUACACUCAGAGACAAGUCUAUGUUGUAACUGUAGUUGCUAAAAAGUAUGAAACUCUUCGCUGUCUUUUUUUCCGCUAGAGUACCUAUUGGCUCUUCUAUGAAAGACUAGAUUUAGUUGCCAAGUUUAAAAGGAGAAUCUCAGAAUUACCGCUUCAGUGGCAGCAGCUUGUCUUGAAGCUGUCAGGAGGAAAGAGACUCUGUUUACAGGCCUCGUGUGUGUGUGUCCAGUUGCAGAGGAGAGGGCUGCAGAAGCCAGCAAGCACCUUACCCACUACUGUGGUAUUGAGUGAGAGUGACUUCCUGUGUGUGAUGGCCUGACUGUUUAGGCAUGUUUUUGAUUGAGACUAGUCUAGUGAAAGCCUUGUGAUCCUCGAGGUCAUUUGAACAUGUUCACUGUGACCGAGUCAAUGUUCAAGAAAGUUGGCAGAGUUUAUAUUGAUGUUGGCUCUUUACUCUUCACUGUUGAAAAAUGGAAUGAGGUAUGAAAACAUUGGAUGGAAAUAGCCUCAAUAGGCCAAAGCUUUUUUUUGUUGUUCCUUUAGAGAGAUAAAUGUCACCGUAUGAUUCAGAGAUUGUUUGACAUGUUUCUGUUGGCAGAAACUCUUCAACAAGAGCCUGAAAUUGUAAAGUCAGGGCUUUUUUUUUUUUUUUUGAUGGGAAAGUGCAUUUUAGUGACUUGUAGACCAAAAUGUAUGGAUGUUUGAGUAUAUACUUUGCAGUUCAGUUACAAGGCUAUAACAUUGACACUUGCAGACUUGAAUUAUCAGCUAAAUUUAUUUAACUGUUUGAGCUUUGAGCUAAAAUUAGGGCAGUAAUCAAAGUUAAAUGUGAUAUUUGGAGGUGUUGUUAUGCUUGUCUGCAUGAAGCAAAUCCUACGUUUCCUCUAAUGAUAACAGGUACAUUCCAGUUUUAAGUAGUCAUAACUUGAUGUUGAACAUGUUGACGUGUUGUGGACGAGAGUGAGAAUGAUCCCACACCGUUAAACUUACUGGAUAAUUUCUGGUAUCCCGGAUGAGCCCCCAAUUUAUGUCGUGAAACCCUAUAAUGCCAGAAAUGGUCCUAAAAAGUUCUCGGUUACUUGUUAAGGUAUUUCUCAUGUGCUACUGCAUUCUCAAGAUGUCUGCUAGUUUGUCCCGAGAGAAUAGAUGGUGUAUGUUAAACAGUUGGAUAGUGAUUAGGUUGUUACAGCUCCCGGGAAGCACUUUUAGCAGUGAAAGUGUUUAAACUGAUAGGAAGACAUGGCUUUAAUAAAACAUUAGCCAGGAUUCUGCAGGUCAUUUAAGCCGUAUGCUAUACGUAACGUAACAAAUUUUUUCUUCAGAGAUGCAUGAGACACGUUGAAAAUUUAAAUAGUAAAAAGCCAGUUACUCUAGGGAACUUCUUGCAUACAGCCUUCAAAUAGACACGUGAGACCUGUGCAUAGUGUAGUACACAGUGAGACUUGUCGAUUUUAAAAAAAAAAAAAAACGGAACACUUUAUUUGCUGUCGAGCCACAUCAGGUUAGUGCAGAAAAUAGUUGAGAAUUUGAUGUAUUUUUGUCAUUUGCGUCUUGUUCUCCCUAGUCCAGGUCCAAUAAAGAUGCGAGGGGUUGCAAGAUUCACGUGAACUGACAGUGACGUACUGUACAUUUGGUAAAAACUUGAUGAGGGGGGAAGUCUUUCCCUCCCUUUGCAACCCUAUUCUGCACUCUCGUCUUGUUAGCAUGUCAGGUAGCGCUAGAGAUGUAGCAUCCAGGAAUCGUUGUUUUAAAUUCCUUGUUAAAAAAAGCUUGUUAAUCUAACUUGGUAUGGUUGCAUAUGUUUGUCUAAGUUACCUAGUCCAAAGUGUUGUUGUACAAUAUGAGUACAGUGCGUUCUGUAUGUUUCAGGUUUGAUUUUACGCUCUAAUUUGAUUCUUUUGUAGUUUUUAUUUUUCUUAAACGACACAUGAAUAUAAAUACUCAGUGGAUGUAUAUUAGAAGUCCUGUCACUUUAGCCAGUUUAAUUUUAUAUAAAGCAGAGUAGUAUUUUAUAAACUUGAAUAAGAGCAAAGCAUGAUGGAAAACGAAUGUUUAUAUACAAAGGCAAAUCACCCUUUCCUGGGUUAUUUACUAGUUUGGCUGGUUUGUAUUAGUUUAGAUAAGCAGGUUCAACACUUUCGUAAUCCGUCUGUUUAUCCAAGUGAACUCGGUGCAGUUCAGUGCUGUUUUGUUUUCCACACUGACCUGCUGAAAGCAACAUUAACACUAAGAAAGGGUGAAUUAGGAUGUUGCCAAAUAGUUUACCGGUUGAUUUCAGUGUCGAACUGUUGAGAGAAUACGGUAGAGAGCACACAUGUAUUUCCUUCUCCUUUAGGAUAUUUCGAGCUGUUGUGUGCAGUUACUUCUCAAGCGUGUUUCUGUCUUGCUUGCUAGCUCGGAACGUCUUAUGAACAAUCAAACUUACAAAUUGAGCAAUCAUUCAUAACCCUGACCAUGAUAUGAGCCUGGUUUGGCACCUUUUUUGUGUAUACGUUCGCACAAUUAGUUGCUCAGUGGUUGUUUUGCUGUUUUGUUUUUCAAGGAGAGGGUGGUCUGUUAUGUGAGAUGACUAUUAAAGUGUUUGUGUAUGUGUGUGUGUAUAUAUUACAUACACUAUAUAUAUAUAUAUGUGUGUAUAUGUAUGCGUGUAUGUAAUAUACACACACUAAUAUAUAUAUAUAUUAUACACGCUAUAUAUAAAACAAUAUAUGAUUGUAACAGUAUGAUUGUUACCGGGGCAUAAUAUGCAUACCUCAGGCUUCAGACAAAUCUCUUCUGGGCAGACGUUUUAUUGAGGACAGCCAUGAUCCCAUGUCGUAGCACAAAAUGGUGUGGUGUCUCUUGCAGUAAUCUACCUAGCUUGGGAAUGUACUGUAUGUAUAUGUAUGUACACUAAUGCAGCACUGCAAAAUAUUGACUUCUACAGUAUAUAUUUCUAUAGCCCAUGUUUGUGAAAACCGUAGUCUUACACGCUGAAAUGCAAGCGAACCUUCGCUGGAGGAUGUUUUUAACUAUCUUAAUGGUUUGACGUCAAAGCAAAUCAGACGAUUUUGUGGCCUUUGGUAUUUGCUGUGCUUUCAUGAAUGGUUUUUUGCAAUGUUACAAUACGUCAAAAACGAUUCACUCUACUAUGGCACAAAGUAACAAUAUUUGUUUGGACCAAAUGGAGCAUUUGCGGGUUCGAAGCAGGUUUGGAGGUCGAGGUCUUUUAAACGGGAGAUCUUGCCAUCCUUGUAUGUCAGAACCUCUCUGUUUUGAUUUUCCCAGUGUGUUUUAGAAGAAAGCAUUCCACAAUACUUCAUCUUUCUGGCCCACAGAUGAAUUUUUUUUUUCUGGAGAAACAAACCUACGUGUCAAGUUUGAUUCAUCGAGUUGCCCUGAAUCAAAUUACAGCAAGUCCAAAAUAUCCUGCACUUCAUUUAAAGAUGCAUCAUUAUUGUCUGUUAUGAUCCUUCAGAGCAUUUUAUUAUAUCUGAACCUUGAUUGUAGAAUCCCUAUUUUAUAAUGAAAAUAUAUUUCAGAAUAUAUGCGGUGGUACAGUGAUGUAUCGUAUGAAGAGUAAUAAAUAAAUGCAACUCAAAAAACAA